AUGCCCCGAAUCCCCUUUUCUGUCAUUAGAAAAGCACAACGGGAAAAUUAUCUUCUUCCUGUACUCCUCAAAGAAUGCCGCACAAUCGAUUCUGCUCGCAACGAACUUCGCUGGCUACGCGAGCGAGCAGUACGUGAUAGCCAGGCUCUUUCCAAAGAGGGAUGGAGAAGCCUCUUGAGAUCUAUGUGUCAGAUGCGAUCUAGAGGAUAUCCUCUCCAAUACAUCCUUGGAGAUCAACCAUUCGGUGACUUGGAAAUUCUUUGCCGCAGAGGCGUUCUGAUCCCAAGACCAGAAACUGAAUCAUAUACAUACCAAGCGGCCAAAUUAGUCCGUCAAAUGGCCCUGGACCGCAAUGACAAGUCCGAGUCUUCCAAUCAGACGAGAUCCUUGCGUGUCAUUGACCUUUGCACUGGCACAGGCUGCAUACCACUUCUUCUGCACGCAUUACUGGCCCCCCAUUUCCAGCUGGAGAUAACGGGAGUGGAUAUCAGUCCUACAGCCUUAAUACUAGCCCAGAAGAACCUCGAGCAUAACGUGAAAUUGAGCCAAUUGGCACCCACCGCAGGCACAGACAUCCACUUCUAUCGCGCCGAUGUCCUCGGACAUGGUAGUGACGAUUCAGUACCGUCCAUUGAGUCCAUACUCCAAACUCAACCCCCCAAUUUUGGAGGAUUGGACAUCCCAUCACCCGACCAAGAAAGUGAGUGUGACCUGUUAAUCUCCAACCCGCCCUACAUAUCCAAAAUGGAGUUCCGCAACGGCACCACUGCGCGCAGUGUACGGCGCUUCGAGCCAAAGCUGGCACUUGUACCUCCACACUCGGGCUCCGGGGUGGAAGACUGCAUGCCUGAGGAUAUCUUCUACCACCGCAUUCUCACUCUGGCAUUCAAGUUGAAGGCCAAGCUUACGGUGCUGGAGUGUGGGGAUUCUCACCAGGCCGAUCGAGUGGUUGCUCUUCACAAGCGACUUGCUUCUGCUGAAUCCGGUCAGUUUAGUGCGGAGGUCUGGCCGAGUCAAGAGCAGGAUUUGGCUGAGAAUGGGUUUCAUGCGACUGACGGAUCGCGGAGUGUUAUCAUACAGGCUCUCCGGUAG